AUGGAUGUGGACGCGUCGAUGGUGGCGACCGAUCACGAUCCGGUGGUGCAAAACGCUACUUCUUCGUCUACGGAAAUGGAUGGGGAACAGAUAGGGGAGCAGUCGCAGCAGCCGGCGGGAUCUCAGGCUUCGUCUGCGGCGGUGGCUACAGAUUCUAGUACUACUACAACGGCUCCGCAGCAGGUAGCGCAGGCGCAGGCGCAACAGCAGAGUCCGGUGGUGGGGCCGAGACACGCUCCUACAUAUUCGGUGGUGAAUGUGAUUAUAGAGAAGAAAGAGGAUGGGCCUGGGCCUAGGUGUGGACAUACCUUGACUGCUGUGGCUGCUGUUGGAGAAGAAGGCACGCCUGGGUAUAUUGGACCCAGGUUGAUCUUAUUUGGUGGUGCCACGGCACUUGAGGGAAAUUCUGCAUCUACAGGAACUCCUUCUUCAGCUGGGAGUGCCGGAAUCAGUAUGUUUUUGGUUUUAUUUUUAAUAUUUGUGGUUUUAAUUUCUUUGGUUGUUCAAUUGUUUGAUGAUAAGUUAGUGAUUAUAAGGUCUAUUGAGAACUUGGAAGUGGCAAUAGGAAUAAGUGGUUAUGUGAACUCUGGGCAUUUGAUAUCUACUGUUGUCAGAGUCCAGCUAAUUCACCAGGCGUUUGUUAAUUAUUUCAUUAGUCUAUUUGGUGCUCAGGAUGCUCAUCAUGUCUUUGUUUUGAAUGGACUAGCAGGCGCCACUGCUGAUGUUCACUGCUAUGAUGUGUUAACAAAUAAAUGGUCUAGGAUUACUCCAUUCGGAGAACCACCAACAUCAAGGGCUGCCCAUGUGGCAACUGCAGUGGGAACUAUGGUAGUAAUUCAGGGUGGAAUUGGUCCAGCUGGUUUGUCUGCUGAGGAUCUUCAUGUUCUUGACCUAACACAGCAACGGCCACGGUGGCAUAGAGUGGUGGUUCAAGGCCCAGGACCAGGGCCACGAUAUGGGCAUGUGAUGGCUUUGGUCGGUCAGAGGUAUCUCAUGGCAAUCGGAGGGAAUGAUGGAAAGCGGCCUUUGUCUGAUGUAUGGGCCCUGGACACAGCUGCCAAACCUUAUGAAUGGCGUAAACUAGAACCGGAAGGGGAAGGCCCACCACCGUGCAUGUAUGCAACUGCAAGUGCACGCUCAGAUGGUCUGCUUCUGCUUUGUGGGGGCAGGGAUGCAAAUAGUGUGCCACUUGCAAGUGCAUAUGGACUUGCUAAACAUAGGGAUGGCCGUUGGGAAUGGGCAAUUGCUCCUGGUGUCUCUCCAUCUCCAAGAUAUCAACAUGCAGCAGUCUUUGUAAAUGCUAGGCUCCAUGUAUCUGGAGGGGCACUUGGUGGUGGUCGCAUGGUAGAAGAUUCAUCGAGUGUUGCAGUGUUGGAUACCGCAGCAGGAGUUUGGUGUGAUACAAAAUCUGUGGUCACCAGUCCAAGGACUGGCAGGUACAGUGCUGAUGCUGCUGGUGGAGAUGCUGCAGUUGAGUUAACUAGGCGUUGCCGGCAUGCAGCCGCAGCUGUUGGUGACUUGAUAUUCAUUUAUGGUGGUUUACGUGGUGGGGUGUUGCUUGAUGACCUACUUGUUGCUGAAGAUCUUGCUGCUGCUGAAACAACAACUGCUGCUUCCCAUGCUGCAGCUGCAGCCGCUGCAUCCAAUGUACAAGCUGGUCGAGUACCUGGAAGAUAUGCAUUUGUAGAUGAAAGAACUAGGCAAACAAUGCCUGAAGCAGCACCUGAUGGUGCUGUUGUGUUGGGCAACCCGGUUGCUCCCCCAGUAAAUGGUGACAUGUACACUGAUAUAAGCACGGAGAACGCCAUGCUCCCUGGACCCAGAGUUGCUGGAUGUGCAUCAUCAUGCAGGAGAACGAGCAAAGGCGUUGAGUAUUUGGUUGAAGCAUCAGCUGCAGAAGCUGAGGCUAUCAGUGCCACCCUGGCUGCUGCCAAGGCUCGGCAAGUUAAUGGAGAAGUUGAACUGCCUGAUAGAGAUCGUGGUGCAGAGGCUACUCCUAGUGGGAAACAAAUAUCUACCUUGAUUAAGCCUGAUUCUGCAGGAUCAAACAACAUUGUUCCUGCUGGAGUUCGGUUACAUCACAGAGCUGUUGUUGUAGCUGCUGAGACAGGUGGAGCUUUAGGUGGCAUGGUCAGACAGCUUUCAAUUGAUCAGUUUGAAAAUGAAGGCAGGCGGGUAAGUUAUGGGACCCCUGAGAGUGCAACUGCAGCUAGGAAACUACUGGAUCGACAAAUGUCCAUCAAUAGUGUGCCAAAAAAGGUCGUAGCACAUCUCUUAAAGCCUCGUGGCUGGAAACCUCCAGUUCGCCGGCAAUUUUUCUUAGAUUGCAAUGAAAUAGCAGAUCUUUGUGACAGUGCUGAAAAGAUAUUUUCAAGCGAACCAAGUGUUUUACAGCUUAAGGCUCCUAUCAAGAUAUUUGGUGAUUUGCAUGGGCAAUUUGGGGAUUUGAUGCGUCUUUUUGAUGAAUAUGGUGCACCUUCAACUGCUGGUGACAUUGCAUAUAUCGACUAUCUAUUCCUAGGAGAUUAUGUUGAUCGGGGCCAGCAUAGCCUGGAGACCAUAACUCUUCUGCUUGCUCUGAAGGCUGAGUAUCCCAACAAUGUGCAUUUAAUUCGUGGGAACCAUGAAGCUGCAGAUAUCAAUGCUCUUUUUGGCUUCCGGAUUGAGUGCAUCGAGCGAAUGGGUGAGAGAGAUGGAAUUUGGGUUUGGCAUCGGAUAAAUCGAUUGUUCAAUUGGCUUCCUUUGGCAGCACUAAUUGAGAAGAAAAUCAUUUGUAUGCACGGUGGUAUCGGUCGCUCAAUAAAUCAUGUGGAACAGAUUGAGAGCCUACAGCGUCCAAUUACCAUGGAAGCAGGCUCAAUUGUACUUAUGGAUUUGUUAUGGUCUGAUCCAACUGAAAAUGACAGCGUGGAAGGAUUGCGACCAAAUGCUAGGGGUCCGGGGUUGGUAACAUUUGGGCCUGAUCGUGUUAUGGAGUUCUGCAAUAACAAUGACCUUCAGUUGAUUGUACGUGCUCAUGAAUGUGUGAUGGAUGGCUUUGAGCGUUUUGCCCAAGGACAUUUGAUUACACUUUUCUCUGCAACCAAUUAUUGUGGUACUGCAAAUAAUGCGGGGGCAAUCUUAGUUUUGGGAAGAGACCUUGUGGUGGUUCCAAAACUCAUUCAUCCUUUACCACCCGCAAUUUCAUCACCAGAAGCUUCACCUGAACGUCAUAUUGAAGAUACAUGGAUGCAGGAGUUGAAUGCUAACAGACCUCCCACACCAACUAGAGGCCGUCCUCAAGUAACAAAUGAUCGGGGCUCUCUUGCUUGGAUAUAA